AUGAAUUACCUAAAUAAAAAUUUUGGCUUCUCUAAUAUUGCUGCUGAGGCCUUAGCUUCAUCAAAUACUUCACGUCUACCUACUGUUAAUCCAAACGAGAAUAUCCAGCAAUUAAAUAUAAGCCCCAUAGUAGACAUUUCGAAUAAAUUACUAACAAAUAACUUACAACAGCCAACAAAUCCAUCAAGACGUCAAUCAUUCCAACAGAUACAAAGAAAUAAUUUAUAUCCAAAUGCUGUUUUUACAACAACCAGUGUAAUAAAUAGUGAUGUACAAUAUGAAUCAGAGCCAGCGACACUUGAUAUUAUAAAUGAUCAAAAUACACCACAAACAAACGGUUUAAAUUAUGUUGCUCAAGAAAACUAUAACUACGGAACACCACCAUCGAAGAGGAUAAAACCAAAUCAUAGCUAUAACAUAGAAGAACACAGUACAGAUAUCAAUCAAACGUCGAAAGAUCCAUUAAGGUCAUCUAUAUCAAGAGACAGUGGAUGCGGUAGUCCACCGACCAUAAAUUUUGCAGAAAAUGAAAUGAAUCCUAUAUUAAAUCCUGAGGAGGUGACUCCAAUUAUAUCACAUGUAACGUCGACAAACCCAAAGGCCAUAAAUAUACAGAGUGGCAAUUGUGUAGUCUGUCAAAGGCUUCGGGAUUGGAGUUUUCACCAGGUGAUCUGUAAAAAUAAAUGA